UAUUAUGACCUUAAUAGGCAAGGUGUGUGGUGUGUCUAAGUCAAUAGGAAGUAUUUAAGUGUCUUUCAUAGAGACAUGUGGGACUAGUUUUGUUGAUAUAUCUUAGUGAAUUAGUAUUAGAUCAUGUAAAAAUCCUCAAAAGUGUAAAAUCAAAGAAAUUCCUCAUGGUUCAUCUUGCACAAUGUCUAAGAAGAAGGGUUGGUUGGGUUUGAUCAAAAGGCUCUUGUUUCCAGAAUCACAUCAACCACAAAAGAUCAAGAGAAGAAAAUGGUUAUUUGGAAGAUUAAAAAGGACAAAAACAUUGGCAUCACUAUCACCUCCAACACAAUCAAAAUCAAUACAAAUAUCGGAGGUUGUUGAAGAAAAGGAGGAAAAACAGAGGAAAAUUGAAGAUGACUAUACAAAAAAUGUGUUGAAUUCCGCAGAAGAGUUGGUAAAAUGUUCAGAGGUAAUUGUAAAUGAUACGAAUAUUACUCAUUCGGAUUCUGAAGAUGAGAGUCAUCUUGGAAGUGUAGCUGCCAUCAAGAUUCAAACUGUUUAUCGCGGUUAUCUUGCGAGGAAAGCAUUGAGGGCAUUGAAGGGGUUCGUGAGGCUUCAGGCGAUUAUUCGAGGGCGAGCAGUGAGACGGCAGGCUAUGAAUACAUUGAAGUGCUUACAAUCCAUAGCAAAGAUCCAAUCUGAGGUUUGUGCCAGGAGAUGUCAAUUGAUAAGAGUUAAUGAUGGAGAUUUGCAAUUGCAGGAUCUUACUCAUCACAUUCCUAAGAUACAAUUAUGUAAGCUCAGAAGGUUGGAUGAUGAACUUAUGACCAAAGAAGAGGAAAUCGACAUAAUUCUACGAAAGAAAGAGGCUAUUUUGAGAAGCAAAAGGGUCAAAGCAUACUCAUUUAAUCACAGGCAUUCUGCAGAUGCAGUAUUAGAUGGAAAUACUCAAGGCCGACUUAGGUACUGGCUAGAGCAGUAUGUUGGCGAUGAAGCCGGAAAGAAGGAAGAAAGAAUCGGAGGAAAGCAACAUAAAAUAAGGAACAUAGAUGGCAUGAACAACUUGGACGUUGCAGCAGACGUUACAUCUUUACCUCGAAAUUCAUUCCAUAAACAUAAGAAGCAAAAUUCCUACAGUGAAGAUAUCUUACAUCCAAUUUCUCCUGUAAAUCUUCCGACAUACAUGGCUGCAACGGAAUCUGCCAAAGCAAGAACACGAUCAACAAGCUCCCCGAGGCUAAGGCCUUUACAUUUCGAGGCUUAUUCCGACAGUGAUUCACCUUACAAGAACAAAUUCUUCUCACCAAUGUCUUCUAUAAAUAGUGAGGCAACUAGUAGUGGUUUUAGCAAGAUUAGUAACAAGUGUAGCUUUUCUUCUCCCCAUCAGAAAUCGCCCAGCUUCAAAGGGGUCUAUGGUCCUAUUAGAUCAAACAAGAACUCCAAGUAAAUAUUUUAGCAUAGAUCUUCACAAGAAUUGUUGAUGAUUAAGGGAUCCAUUUGGUCUAUUUUUAUAUUUUGAC